UUAUUCAGUCUCGCUCGUUCUACUUUGAAAGGCAAAGGCAGUUUUGCAAUGUCGAAAAAGCAAAACCCUUUGACGAGCCUCCUUCAGCCCAAAUCUCACAAUGCAACACCGAUCCCGCCGGGAAUGCAAGAGAAAAUGGCCGCUUUUGCUGCCGCAAAACGAGGCGCUACGCCGGGCAUCGACGCGACAACAGCUGCCUUACAGCGUGCUACACUGAGCAAUCCGGUCGAUGCACCGAAUCUCCGACCCGCCAACUCGUUUCCCGCAUCACGCCCAAGAGGCGGUGGAAUGAUGGGUCGUCGAAAGCCGAAUUUCACUCUCAAAGAUAUCGAGGGCGCUGGAGGUGCUGCUGGAGCCGGGCUUGGCGCUGGAAGACCCCCACUCCGCAAUGAUGCGGCCCCAGCCUUUUCCAACUUUUCUAAAAUUGUAGAUCUCUCUGGUGCACUCAAUUUCAACGGUAAAGCGGUCCUUCAUGCAGAUGGGGUGGAUUUCUCCAACGGCGCAUCGUUCCAAAUUAAUAUGACGCAACUGCAACUUGAUGAGGAGCUGGGCAAGGGUAACUACGGAACGGUGAAGAAGGUCCUCCAUCGUCCAACCAAUGUCUUCAUGGCAAUGAAAGAAAUACCGCUCGAACUCUCUCCCUCCAAGCUCGAUGGCAUCAUUAUGGAAUUGGACAUUUUACAUCGAGCAGUAGCUCCCGAAAUCGUAGAGUUCUACGGGGCCUUCACCAUCGAAUCGUGCGUCUACUAUUGCAUGGAGUAUAUGGAUGCAGGUAGUCUAGACAAGGUUCUCGGCAUCAAAACUAUUCAGCAGGGUGGUGGCUGGGUGGGUGAGCUUGGCGAAGGAGCACCGGAGGAUGUUCUAGGUCGCAUUGCGUCAAAUAUGGUUAGAGGCUUGAAAUUCUUGAAAGACAAGCUACAAAUCAUGCAUCGCGAUGUCAAACCGACAAAUGUGCUCGUCAAUCGCAAAGGACAGAUAAAGUUGUGCGACUUUGGCGUCUCUGGACAACUGGACAACUCGAUAGCGAAGACCAAUAUCGGAUGCCAGACAUAUUUUGCGCCUGAACGGAUUCAAGGAACAACAGCGGGAGCCGACGCCGAGGAAGCAUUCAACACCUACACUGUUUCUUCGGACGUCUGGUCACUAGGGUUGUCCAUGAUUGAGAUCGCGCUAGGCAAAUAUCCAUAUCCCCCAGAAACCUACAACAACGUCUUUGCCCAACUACAAGCCAUCGUUCAUGGAGAGCCUCCUCAGCUACCCGAGUCCAAGCCUCAAUCAGACGUCGACCCACUCGAGGUGCACUUCAGUGAAAAUGCGCGUGAUUGGGUUCGGAUAUGCUUGAUAAAAGACCCAGUUAAACGAGCGACAUAUGCUGAUCUGUUGGACCAUCCCUUCCUUGUCGAAGACUCCCAACGGGAGGUCAAUAUGACUGCUUGGGUUGCUGGUGCACUUGGACGACGAGAGCUGCAGGCUCGGCUCCGCCAAGAUCUGCUGGACCCAGAAAUUGCUAACGAGCCAGUUUCUGUGUAA